CUGAGAUUCAGCUUACCUUGCUCGCUCACUCAUCGCCCUGCAUUGCAUCGCCGCGGAUAGAUCCACUCCAUGUCCCCGUAGGCGAUCCCGAAUUUCACCGGCGGGAAUCUUGCGGGCUUUCUCAUUUUUAUUACAUUUACUAUAUUUAAUAAAGUCGACCGCCGCCGUCCUUUUAGACGAUAGACUACUUCUUCAACCUAUUCUUUUAUACUCUACCAUAUUCAUAGAUUUGCUUUCAGUCGCCCCCGCCCACCAAUCAUAAUGCUCUCUACACUCCCCAUUGGUCUUCUUCUGGCCGGCGCUCUGUCUGCUGUCGCCAUUGAGCUCCCCAAGGAAUGCCAAGUUCCCAACCCCGUCAUCACCGACUUCAAAUGGUUCAAUGGCUCCUCAAGUCUUCGCUGCAAUUCCCCCAAUGCCUACACCCGCGGCUACUACUGCUACAACAGCACGCUCGCCAACCCCUGGCUAGAGCCUAUCGACCACAACACUUGCAUCGACGUCCAGCACGGUUACUGGGUGUACCCUUGUGCCGAUUCCAGUAUACCUCAGAACCCUCCACCCUGGGGCCACGGCCCAGGAGAAGUUCUUCAAUUCGCCUACAAGGACGGCGAAACUUGCCGGCAAGGCGUUAGUGGCGGCUACCACAACUACAACAACCCGGGCCAGGGUCUUACCGCCUGCCGAUCGUAUUCUGGUGGUUUGGGCUUUGGUUCCUCGUUCUGGGGUUCCUCCAACGAAGCUACGUCCCAGGGCAGAUUUGCCAGGGAUUUGAACUACGGCUAUGCUCCCAAGUGCACCAACGGAAGCAGGAUUGCAUACCAUGCAGAGGGACCGUUUACCCUGACUUGCACGCACGACGAGUUUAAGAAUGCGACUUGCACGGCUGAGCCGUUCGAAAUCCCCAUUACAAGCUAUACCAUUAUUGAUGGAUAUUAAAAAGAGAAGCCAGUAUAUAUGCUACAUUUGCGGCAUGGUUAGCACGAGAACGCAAUAGGACAGUGGGAACUGGAGGGGAUACAGCAAUUAGAACCUUUAUAACAUAACUAUUUACCCACAUACAUUACAUCAUUACGUAUAAUUAUAAAAUUAAUAGCUAU